UUCAAAAUGGCCACCAACAUACAUCUUUCAAGUUCGGAAUCUUUAACUCUAGGCAUUGACUUGGGCACCACUAGCGUAAAGACUGUGCUUUUUGCAAUGCCAGCCAGUGCCAGUUUUCACAGAGUAACUUUGAACAUGAUGCUGAAUUAACAGUGGGAGAGAGAGCUGAUUUACAACAUAGAGAACAAAACAUUGCAAAAUUGUUAAAUGCACUCGACAAUUGCAUUGAAAAAUUACCAAAAGGGGCAAGAAAGUGCGUCAAAAAUAUUGUAAUUUGUGGACAAAUGCAUGGUUGUGUGUUAUGGAACAGCAAAUCGUUUUUGACAAGAACGAAAGAAAAACCUUUUUCACUUUGCACGAAUAAUCAUAUUUCAACACUUGUUACAUGGGAAGAUAAGCGAUGUUCUGACGAAUUUCUUAGCUCGUUGCCUGAUUCAAGUUUGCACAUUGCCUCAGGAUAUGGUUGUGCGACAAUUUUUUGGUUACAUCAACAUAUGCCGGAUUAUUUUGAACAAUAUGAUUGUGCAGGGACUGUAAUGGAUUUUCUCGUCUCAUAUUUAAUUGCGUCGGAGUUUGCAAAUAUUUCUACUCAGAAUGCCUGUAGUUGGGGAUAUUAUGAUCAAGAGAAAAACAAUGGGAAUUUGAAAAGUAAGUCUCUGAGGCCUGGGGGUACCUAUCGAAGAUGUAAUCAUGUGGGAAGAGAUGUAUGGAUAUUGAUCAAAGCCAAUUUCCCAGUUCAUAUUUUACCAACGAUAUGUGAACCUGGACAUAUUGCUGGUAAACUCUCACACAAAUGGCAUGAAAUUCAUGAAGGUGUAAACGUGUUUGUGGCUUUGGGAGACAUGCAAUGUUCUAUUUUAGCCACUCAAGCUCAACAUAUGGAUGUUGUUCUUAACAUUGGUACUUCCGCACAGCUUGCAGUAGUCAUUGCAGACACUUUCAAAGUUGAGAUUUACAAGGAAAUACAAUCAAAAAAAGCCUUGCAAAUCCUACCAUAUUUUAGCAACAACAGUUUAAUCGUUGCUGCUGCGUUGAAUGGUGGGAACGUGCUUGCAACUUUCGUUAAUAUGUUAGAAAAUUGGAUGCGUGAUUUGGGAGUUGAACCACCUUCACAUGAGGAAAUUUACGACAAACUUCUUGCAUGUGCAAUCACUUCUCAAAAAGAUGUCUCACAACUUAAAGUAGAUCCUAUACUCUGGGGCGAGCGCCAUGCAACCAAUAAAAGAGCGUCGGUUGUCGAUAUAACAAUGGAGUCUUUAUCUUUGGGUAAUGUAUACAAAUCUGUAUGCUCUGGCAUAUUGUACAACGUCCGAGGGAUGUUUGGAGAUUUUUUUGAAAAGCAUGAAGUUCGUAGUAUUUUCGGAACUGGCAACGCGCUUUUAAAGAAUAAUGUAUUGUGUGCUACACUUCAGGAAAUCUUUUGUAACAAACCUGUGAAGUUUGUUGAUACGAAUGCCGCUAUUGGUGCAGCCAUGUCCGCUGUUUUAUGUUGUGGUGAAACUUUAAUGACAUGAGCAGUGGUAAUGCUAAAACUUAACGAAUUUCAAAAAUCGGUAACUAUAGCCCCAUAUUCAUUGAAAAAUAUUUUUCUUCAGAAGGGAUUUUGAUAUAUUCCGAAAGUCCUUUUUUGUUUAUUUGGACUGGAAUCUACUUGUUGGCUUUCACAGAAUAACUACUCAGUUCUAACCACGAUUUAACCUUCUAUUGAUAUGAUGGCUCGUCGUACGUAAAAGACUGUACACAUUGACUGGUAGAAUUCCUCGACCUGUCAAUUUUGAGUAGUAUUAAAGACGUCAAAUGGAAGCUCUGAAAAUUGCUAUAGUGACAAAUUAAAUUUGUCACUAUGGAAACUGUUUACUUCAUGACGCUAAAUUAAAGAAUAAAGAUGAAAAUUUUGUUUUUGAUGACCAAAUGAAAAAACUUGAGAAGAAAACAAAAAACCGUGGGCGAUUUGUGAAAAACAAAUCAUACAAACGAAACAAACCCAAGAAAAACGUAACGGAAAUGGAGGAAUCGUUGUCAGAUUCUUGUGAUCAGAAAAUGCUGACCGAAAAAGACACGCCGAAUGCAUUCACAUCGAGCUCUUUAACGGAUGCCGUGAAUUGUUCACAUUCUCAUGUUUUUGAGGAAAAGAGUGCUUUUUCCAUCUCCAAGUUUUCGAUUUCAGAACUGAAUGAAGAUACGAUAAGAUGGCAAGAUUACUGCGAUAAUCCGAUUAGAGAAGCUCAGCGUAUCGAAAGUUAUAAGAUCAAACGUCGCGAAAGAUACUACAGUACAGGCAAAACAGAAACCGCCUAUAGUAGAUAUUAUGCUUAAAAAACAAUUUAUACACUUUACCAAGACUGAACAGAUCUUAAAUAUCGCUAAUUAUGAAUAAAGUUGUAUGAACUGUAAAGAAUGUUAGCUAUGAAUCCUCAAUUUUAUCGAAAAAAGGAAAGUCAUAGAAAAAAGGGACAAAAAUUAACUAAGGCACAUUUAUUUUCUCAUAUCAAUAACAGAAAAUUGAAGUUGGUCACAUUUCCAACAAUUAUUCAUAUGUAAAAUAAUUGAAUUACAGGUGCAUUUUCAUCCUAUACUUUAAAAA